GGGAUGGACCUUCGCACCAAUGGGAAUCAUGUCAUAGAUCGUUUUCAGGCAAGGAGCAAACAGAUUCGGCAAAUCAGGACAAAAAAGGGGGGGGGAAAAGGAAAAAAAACAUUGUGGACCAUGCGGUAUUGGUCGGGCUUGGACUUGUUAGGCGCAUGUUCUCUCUCUUUCUUUAUCUUUUGAUGCUGGGUCUCUUUUGGCUCUCGUUUACUUCUACUGCGUUUGGUGUUCAGGUUGGUGGUUUGUUCGGGGAUAGUUUUCUACCAAACGGGAAAGAUACCCUGUCCCUGGGUACCCCUUAUGAUACCUCGCAUUUGGCCUCUACGCAGGGCACAUGCACAGAGCACGGGGGCAGAAAAUACUUGUACGCAAGUACCAGAAAAUGAACACAGGUUAUUGUCAUGAUGAGGACUGGACUUCAUUCAGAAAGGAAAG